GCGUGGCGGCGGGCGGCGGGCGGCGGGCGGUGGGCCGCGGGUGGGGCAGGAGGCGGCGGGAGUCUCGGCUGCUGGCCGUGCACCUGAGAGCCGACGCCCGAGUCCUCGAAGCUGCGCUCGCCGCGGUCCCCAUCGCCAUGAGCCGCUUCAAGGUGUCCAAGUUCCGGCACACGGAGGCCCGGCUGCCCCGCCGCGAGGCCUGGAUCAGUGACAUUCGAGCAGGAACUGCCCCCUCAUGUGGGAAUUCUAUCAAAUCUAGCUGCCGCUUGAUCGCGUUUAACACCAACCAUCCAGGUGUGUUGGGCAUUGUGCCUCUGGAAGGCCAGGGAGAGGACAAGAGACUCGUGACCCACCUAGGCUGCCAUUCAGACCUGGUCACGGACUUGGACUUCUCUCCCUUUGACAACUUCCUCCUGGCAACGGGCUCGGCUGACAGGAUGGUGAGGCUGUGGCGGCUGCCAGCCCCCGGCCAGGCGCUGCCCUCGGGGCCUGGGCUGGUGCUGGGCCCGGAGGACCUUCAGGUCGAGGUGCUGCAGUUCCACCCCACCGCCGAUGGCGUCCUGCUGAGCGUGGCAGGCAGGGCCCUGAAGGUCUGGGACGCCACCCAGCAGCAGCCCCUCACGGAGCUGGUGGCCCAUGGGGACCUGGUGCAGGGUGCUGUCUGGAGCCGGGAUGGAGCCUUGGUGGGCACGAUGUGCAAGGACAAGCAGCUGCGGAUCUUCGACCCCAGAGCAAAGCCCGAGGCCUCCCAGAGCACACAGGCCCAUGAGAACAGCAGGGAUGGCCGGCUGGUGUGGACAGGCACCCAGGAGCACCUCGUGUCUACUGGAUUCAACCAGAUGCGUGAGCGUGAAGUGAAGCUCUGGGACACCCGGCAUUUCUCCAGCGCCCUCACUUCGGUCACCCUGGACACCUCGCCCGGGUCGCUGAUGCCCCUGCUGGAUCCGGACUCCGGGCUCCUGGUCCUGGCGGGAAAGGGUGAGAGCCGGCUGUACUGCUACGAGGUGGUCCCACAGCAGCUGGCACUGAGCCCAGUGACCCAGUGCCUCCUGGACAGUGCGCUGCGGGGGGCAGCCCUGGUACCACGGCGGGCACUGGCCGUCAUGGGCUGCGAGGUGCUCCGUGUCCUGCAGCUGAGUGACACAGCCAUCAUACCCAUCAGCUACCAUGUGCCCCGCAAGGCUGUGGAAUUCCAUAAGGACCUGUUCCCAGACACCACUGGCUGUGUACCUGCCUCUGACCCCCACACCUGGUGGGCGGGGAGCAACCAGCAGGUGCAGAAGGUCAGCCUUGACCCGGCCUGCAGGCCCCAUGCCAGCUUCACUUCCUGCCUGGUGUCCCCUGCGGAGUUCCCUCCUGACCCAGCCCAGCCUGUGGAGAUGCCCAUGGGCGACAUGGACCCCAGUGAGGGCUUCUUCUCCCCACCCAGCUCGCUGCCCUCGCCCUCCACGCCCUCCAGCCUGGGACCCUCGCUCUCCAGCACCAGCGGCAUUAGCACCAGCCCCAGCCAGAGGUCACUGCAGAGCAUGCUGGGUCCCAGUUCCAAGUUCCGCCAUGCUCAGGGCACCGUCCUUCACCGAGAUACCCACAUCACCAACCUCAAGGGGCUCAACCUCACCACGCCUGGUGAGAGUGACGGCUUCUGUGCCAACCAGCUACGUGUGGCUGUGCCCCUGCUCAGCAGCGGUGGGCAAGUGGCCGUGCUCGAGCUGCGGAAGCCCGGCCGCCUGCCCGACACAGCACUGCCCACUCUGCAGAAUGGGGCGGCCGUCACUGAUCUGGCCUGGGACCCCUUUGACCCCCACCGCCUCGCUGUGGCUGGGGAGGACGCCAGGAUCCGACUGUGGCGGGUGCCCCCAGAGGGCCUGGAGGAGGUGCUUGCCACGCCUGAGGCAACGCUCACAGGCCACACGGAGAAGAUCUACUCUCUGCGCUUCCACCCACUGGCAGCCGAUGUGCUGGCGUCCUCUUCCUAUGACUUUACCGUUCGGAUCUGGGACCUGGAAGCUAGAGCUGAGCGGCUGAGGCUGCGGGGCCACCAGGACCAGAUCUUCGGCCUGGCCUGGAGUCCCGACGGGCAGCAGCUGGCCACUCUCUGCAAGGAUGGGCGCCUACGAGUCUACGAGCCUCGGAGCGGCCCUGAGCCGCUGCAGGAAGGCCCGGGGCCCGAAGGGGCCCGUGGAGCCCGCAUCGUCUGGGUGUGUGAUGGUCACUGUCUGCUGGUAUCUGGCUUUGACAGCCGAAGCGAGCGCCAGCUGCUCCUAUACUCAUCCGAUGCCCUGGCCGGCGGCCCCUUGUCAGUGCUGGGGCUGGAUGCGGCCCCCUCCACCCUGCUGCCCAGCUACGACCCGGACACUGGCCUGGUGCUCCUCACGGGCAAGGGUGACACCCGCGUGUUCUUGUAUGAGCUGCUUCCCGAGGCCCCCUUCUUCCUGGAGUGCAGCAACUUCACGUCCUCAGACCCUCACAAGGGCUUCGUCCUCCUGCCCAAGACGGAAUGUGACGUGCGGGAGGUAGAGUUUGCCCGAUGCCUGCGGCUUCGUCAGACCUCCCUGGAGCCUGUCGCCUUCCGGCUACCCCGAGUCAGGAAAGAGUUUUUCCAGGAUGAUGUGUUUCCAGACACAGCCGUGAGCUGGGAGCCGGUGCUCAGUGCCAAGGCCUGGCUGGGAGGUGCUAACGGGCAGCCCCGGCUUCUCAGCCUGCAGCCUCCCGGCAUGACCCCAGUGAGCCAGGCCCCCCGCGAAGCCCCUGCCCGGCGGGCCCCGUCCUCGGUGCUCUACCUGGAAGAGAAGUCAGACCAGCAAAAGAAGGAAGAGCUGCUGAAUGCCAUGGUGGCAAAGUUGGGGAACAGGGAGGACCCACUCCCCCAGGACUCCUUCGAAGGACUAGCCUGCCUACCUGCCACCUCUGGCCUCACCUGCCACUGCCACCUCCUAGAACCACCUCGUGCCCCCUGCACACCUCACCUCUCACCCUCAAACUGGGAGACAAACACCUUUGGGCUCUGGAGCACCUUAUCCCAGAAGCCCUGGCUUCCUUUGGGCCUUGGCUAUGUUCAUAGCCUCUGGGUUCCGCCAUAACUCUUGUGGAUCAUCUACACCUCUGCUUUCUUUGGGACUGGCUGCUUCUCUUCAACUGCCUGCUAGCAUGUGGAGCGAGGGGUAGGGGGGUGGGAGUCAGCAGCAUGUAUCUGGGCAGGCCCUGGGCUGCCUGUCUUCCUUCCCGCACCUGGGCUGGUCCCAGCCUGGGCUCCCUUUGCCCAGCACUUUCAGUUAUUUCAAGCCAACCCUUCUUGCCUGUUGCUCUAGCCAAUUGCCUUGGGGGCUGGCCCCCACCAGGCUCUUUGGAGCAGCACCAGCUCCAGGGGCCUGGGACCAGUCACCUUGCUCCCAGGCUUGAAGCCAGGAGAAGGGGGUAUUACAGAGCUGUUGGCCCAACUAAGGAGGGCAUGAGUCCUACAGGGGCUGGCCUGCACAUGCCCUUGAUGUUUUCAAUAAUUAAACUUUUUUAAGCUGGC